UUAAUAUUGUCAGUCCCCUUCUUCUGUUGUCUUUACAGUCACAAGUCUCCUGUUUUGAAAAUUUCCAAUACACCCUCUUGUGAUUUCUAUCAGCAACUUCUUUGUAGUAGCGAUGGGAGAUAAAGACCACAGCUCUCAUGAAAGCAACGGGGGUGCAGAAGGGGCCAAAAGAGACGAUUCAAAGUUGGAGUUCUCUGAAGAUGAGGAGACACUGAUUGCAAGGAUGUUCAGCUUGGUUGGAGAAAGGUGGUCACUUAUAGCUGGGAGAAUCCCAGGAAGAACAGCAGAAGAGAUUGAGAAGUUCUGGGCUUCAAAGCACUCUGCAUCUAAUCAUCAAAGAUGAGUUCAAGGUUAAAAAAUGAAGCAAUAAUUGCACAUAGCUUCUCUCUCAUGGCCUUAUUUAGAUAAAUUCAGUCUUCCUUUUCUUUUUUAUAAUUAGCUCUUUUGGCAAUCAAAUUCAACUUUUCUUGGUGUUGGGGAAUCAUUCUUGAUACAAGAAUUCAUAUAACCAAGAAUGUUUUGUCUAAUCAUAUUGAGUAACUUUCAACCUCGGAGUAAUUGGAUAAACAUUGUUUAGUA